AUUUUAAUCAUAAUCUAAAUGGAUGGAGAAUGAAUAAUCUAUUUAUUUAUUUUAUUAAAAAUGAAUAUGUUGUUUAAUCUAAUAGUAAAUAAGGAGCACAAAGUGAGUAGGCAAAUAAGAAAUUUAUAAAAUUUUAAAUAUAUUUUAAAUCAAAAAAAUAAAAAAAUAAAUAAAAAAUAAAAAGAAAAAUUCAAACUAAAAUAAAAUACAAAAGAAAUGUCCAAAUAUACCAGAGAAGAGCUCAUCUACUUGGCCAAGAUCUCUGAAUAAACUGAAAGAUUCAAAGAUAUGCUUGAAUACAUGAAAUAGGUUGUUAAUUUUGAAUAAGAACUUUCUGUUGAAGAAAGAAGAUUACUCUCUAUUGCUAUUAAUUAUGUCUUAGAUGCCGAUUUAAGAAUUACCAACAGAGUCCUCUCUUAUAUUGAACAAAAGGAAGAAUCUAAUGGUUCUAAGCACAUAAAUCUCAUUAAAGACUACAAGAAAAAGCUUUAAGAUCAAAUCUGCAACUUCUGCUAUGACUCUCUUGAACUUUUGGAUAUCCUUAUCAGUAAAAGUUCUACUGAAGCUAAGGUCUAUUUCUUAACGAAAAAAGGUAACUAAUACAGAUAUAUCGUUGAAUGUUAACCUUGCAACACCUAAGCCUAUGAUGAAGCUACCAACUUCUCCCUCUAAACUUACAGGCAAGCUUAUGAUAUUGCCAUUAAGGAAUUAAAUCCUACUAACCAUACUAGAUUAAGUUUGGCUCUCUAACUCUCGGUCUUCUACUACGAAAUUAUGAACGACCCCACUAAGGCCUGCAACUUAGCUAAGCAAGCUUUCAAUGACGCCUUCGCUGACAUUGAACACAUCGAAGAAGACUAGUACAGAGUUGCCACCUCCAUUAUGCAACUUCUCAGAGAUAACAUCACACUCUGGACAGCCUAUGAGAAUGGUGAAGAUGAUGGUGUUUAAGUAGAGAAUAUCUGAAAACAGUGAUAUACUCAAUUAAAACAUAUAUCUUUUUAAUUUCCAACAAUUAAUUUAAAUAUAAUAAUGAUUUGAUUUCCUUUUCAUCAAAAGUUUCCACUGUAUAUUAAGAUACCAUUAUUAAACUAUAUUAUGCACCUUAGCUACUCCGUUAUUAGGAACUCAUAAAUAGGAAAUUAAUAUUUUAGAAUAUAAACUAUACCACAUUAGGCAUUAUCAAAUAACCAAAAGUCUAAUUGUAAGAAGUAGUGAGGUAUUACGUUAUAUAAAUAGUUUCUAAUUGUAUUCAAAAUAAAAGUGUAAUAGAUAUAAUUGAUAAUCAGCAAAAUACUGAGGAUAGAUAGAUAGUAAGUAACACAACAAGCAUUUGAUGUGUAUUAAUUUUUAUUACUUUGCUGAAGUUUAUUAUUAAUAGUUAUUUUUAUUAUUAUUAUAAAUAUAUAAAUAUAUUAUUAUUUCUAUAUUGAUUUAUAUAAAUUAA